AUUCCGAUUGGCUGUCUAGCUGCAUCCGUACCCGCGGAAGUUUGUACACAGAGAAUCGGAGUACUGUCAGUUAUUUUAAAAUAUUUGUCGGUUUUUCAGCACAAACACUGCCGUUCCGCGUGUAGCUUCGAGAACGAAGACGAAAAACGAAGAGAAAAUGAAUUUUAAAAGGACGAAUUCUGCGCCGAGAACAAAAAAGCUCGCAUGAAGUGCUAGCACUUGACAGCUAAUAGUAUUGGGUAGCUCGUUGUUAAUUCUGUUUAAUUUUUUAUCGGUCGCCAACUUGAUAAACAGCCUCGGAAAGGAGCAGAAAACGAUUUGAGCUGCAGUUUAGCAGCUUUUCUGCUUGUAUGCUUGAGUUAAUGUCAGAAGUGUUUCAUAUUGACAGUUGUGAUUUUUUUGUUUUUUUUGUUUUGAUUAGCAUGCUAAGCUAGUCGCAGCGCGAGCUGGCAUUCGUCAUUCUGGAUUUACUUCAAAUCAGCAUCAUCCUUCAUACACCAUUCGUGUAGUGUCAUUUACUGUCAUCUUCACACGACGAGGGCUGUAACACAACAGUGAUUCAUCAUGCUGGGAGAGUGUGGCAUGAAAAAAUGGGAGAGACUAGCACUCAGGAAGAACUCGGUUACGAUUCUGCAGGACUUAGUGGUGGAUGAUCUUCUGAUCCAGUGUCUGCAACAAGAUGGAAUCCUCACAGACAGCAUGGCAGAGAGCAUUAUGGCUGAAUCGACGUCCCAGGGCAAGAGUAGCCAUUUAUUGCGUCUUUUGCCCAAACGUGGUCCUCGGGCAUUUAGCAGCUUCUGUGAUGCUCUUAAGGUGACAGAGCAACAGCACCUCUAUGAACUGCUUAUGGACUUCACAGAGAAAGAUAAAAGCUUUUCAGAGCCCUCACUGACUCGCCCGAUUCAGGAAUGUGUGAUACCUGCGAAAAGAGCCAGGACUCAUGAGUCAGUGGAGAUGUGUUUAGAUGCCGACUCUCCCAUGACCACAGCUGUACUUCCCUGCACACCGGAAUUUUACCAGUCCCACAGAUCACAGGCCUACCCGAUGCGCUCAUGCCCGCGAGGACUGGCCCUGGUGCUGAGUAAUGUGAGGUUUGACUCUGCAAACACUGAUUUAGACAUCCGGAGGGGAGGGGAGGUGGAUGAGGAGACGCUGAGGAGACUUUUCACAGAGCUGGAUUUCACAGUCAGCCUGCACAAAGACCUAACAGCAGAGGAAAUGCGUGGGUGCCUAGAACAGUUUGCCCAGCGGCAGGAGCAUGCAGAUUAUGACUGCGCUGUUGUGUGUUUACUGUCUCAUGGUGUUGAGGGAUCUAUCUACGGGACCGACGGACAGCCGCUGGAGUUGGACUGGGUGUUUGGGGUUUUUGAUAACGCCCGCUGCCCUCUGCUCCAGAAUAAGCCAAAGAUGUUCUUCAUUCAGGCUUGUCGAGGAGAGGAGAUGGACAACGGCGUGGACCAGUUGGAUGGCCAGGAGCGGACUCAAUCUCCAGGCUGUGAACAGAGGGAUGCUGGAAGGGAGGAGGAGAGAGACAACAAAGAGAGGGCGGAGAAAGAAAGGGAGAGAAUGAGAGUCAAAUUGCCACAGAGAUCUGAUAUGAUCUGCGGCUUUGCCACCCUCAAAGGUUUCAGCACUGCUGCGAUGAGAAACACCAAGAAAGGGUCCUGGUUUAUUCAGGAACUGAACACUGCCAUCAGACAGAGAGCCAACGACACACACCUGUCAGACAUACUUGUGCAGGUGAACGGUCGAAUUAAAAGCAGAGAGGGAUAUGCACCUGGUUCAGCCCAUCAUCGCUGUAAAGAGAUGUCGGAGUUCACCAGCUCCCUCUGUAAAGACCUCUACCUCUUCCCUAAGUACUAUCCCAGCAACUAGACACGUGCACGCACUCCCCAUGCACAAAGCGCAUGCAGAACACACUGUCCUCAGAACUGAUUUUGAUGCAGUAGCGGGAGCUCAGUGCACACGUGUGUACAUCCAUCUCCCGCUCUAAGACAAACACAGAGUCAUGUAAAUCUGCUUAGACCCAUUCCAUGUGUCAUCUGUUUCACAUUCCUCAGCACAAUGACAGGUUCAUUAUGAUGCGUGUGUACACUAUUUACCAUGGAUUUGCUAAGAUCAGUUUUUAAUCGUAAGAACUUCAUCUUCUAGUGUGCACUAGAAAAUAUUAAGAGUUCAUUCUCCAUAUCUUUGUUUGCCUUGCUCUUUCUCUUUUUUUUUAAUCCAUGAAAUUAGGAAAGAGUAAAGAUGCCAUUUGCGUGAAAAAAAAAAAAAAUGUGAAAAAAUAUCUAUUUGAUUUUUUUUUUUUAUAUAUAUUUCAGUUUUUUUUUUAUAUUCAGCAGUUGUAUAAAGUUUGGCACAACAUAAAUUUUUUUCUUUUUUUAACAAAUCCAACUGAUUUUUAAUCUUUUAUUUUUAUUAUUAUUUUUUUUUUGCAUAGAUUUAUUUUUAUAGUUUUUUAAUUGUACAGUUUUUUUCCCCCUCAGUAGUUCUUGUUCUGUAUUUUUUUGUAAUUUAAAGCCAAACCAUCAAUGGUACAUUCAAAGCAGCUUAAUGACACCCUCCACAUGUCACACAGACAGUUGCAUUGCAUAAACAUGCAUAUUAACAUUGUGCCAGUACCAUACAAUACUCCUCCUUACAUUUCACUCAGUGGAUUCGAGCAGAGCAGAUCUGUUCUUACUUAUCUUCGGUUUCCUUAAUGCAACUUUACAUACAUUGUAUCAACAUGUUUUCUGUAAGUACUUUGCAUGGCAUGUUAAUUAACUUAAUUCAGUUAUUCUGUUUGCACCAUGGCAGCUGUUUUUGAACUUUAAUAGGGCUUCCUGACUCAAAGUGACUAUUUCACCAUUUGUUUGGCAUAUAAUAGUUAAUUGUCAGACCUUUAAUAUGAUGCAUAUCAAUACACUUGAUCAUUCUACAGAUAUUUCUGUUAUUCCAAAACUUCCAGAUUGAAGUUGCAUUCCAAAUGGUGUUUCUGCUCAUUUUUCUAAGGGCGCUUCAUGUGGGGUAUUGCCAAAAUGAAAUCUAUAUAUUCUCAUGAUGUGUUUUGUAAUUGUGCCUGUAUAUAUGCUGCAGUUUUUGCCCCUCACUCUUGCACAUUCCUUUUCACUUUAAACAUUCUGUGUGCCAAUGAACGCACAUUAUGAAGAUUGAAAGUAUGCAAAAAGACUGAAAAAACCUGCAGGUGGCAGUAGAGAGCUUUUGCACUUCAUCAACACACCUCGUGUCAUAGCGGUUCCAGUGUUUAGACACACAGUCUUCCUGUUCUGUACACACAACAUUAUUCCUCCUGGGAAAUCAGACUGUAAAUUGAGUGUGCCAUUUUCCCUCUGUGUGCGUCUUCCUUAUCCAGUAGGCAUGACUUUUAGGUUAAAGGUCAUGACCUUUGACCUUUUGACAUUGCCAUGGCAUCCCUCAAACCCUCUUCUACGUUUCAUACUCGUCACCUUUAGCAUUAGUUAUCACUCAAUAUGAUUAUUUUAUUUUACUGUUUUAUUUUAUAUUUACUGUUUUAGCCGCCAAAAUGUUCUCUGUAGAUUUACACUGUUCAUCACUUUCAAUCAGCUGUUGCUUUGUUUGGUUUUAUCUUGAUAAACUUCUUUGAACUGGGAGAAUAAUAUGGGCAUAUGUACAUUUUAAAAUAUAUUAAAUUCCUAAAUUUAAAAAUGAAGGAUUGGUGCAGAUACAUAAUUUAUAAAAGAUUACUUUCAUAAUUGAAAUGGUGCCAUGAUUUUAAAAAAAAAGUAUUUAAACAAAUUACUGGCUAUUUGAUGAAAUCUAGAAGUAAUUUUCAGAAGUCAUGAUUAUUUUUAAAUGAAAAACAAGUGAAAAUAGAAAAUGUGUAUAAAUUUCUAUUUAGUAGUAGUAUAGCAGUAUUUGAUGCUGCAGUCAUUAUAUUGAAACAACGCCAGCACAUGUAUGUUCUCCAUAAUCGGUUUAAAAUGAAAGGAAAGUUGGGUUCAUUUUAAAUAUCUCCGGUAACUGUAUUUUUUCUCAGGCUUUGUUCACCUAGUUUUGAAUGUGUGUUCAGAAUUGUGACACUGAGCCCUACAGGUUCUUGUUGUGGUAACAUGUUUAAAAUAGUUCCCCUAUGAAAGUGUUAAAACCUACAUAGGUACAUAUUAUAUAUUCCAGUUAAGUCCCUCCCAGCCUGACUGUGCCAGAUGAGUGCCUAGUAAACUUGAUACUAAUGUUUUAUUCACUGCCGUUGUCAUGUGUACUAACCAGCUAUGAAGGGUGCUUAAAUCAACUAUAGAGAAAUUGUCAUUUUUGUAUUUUUGUAAUGCAAAAGCGACCAUAUAAUAAAAAAAUACUGUUAUAAAGCCA